UUGUACAGUGAUCGUGCGCGGUGAUGAAGUGCUUAAAUUCGUUCUUGACGUCGUAAACGAAACGUGCACUGUAUUUGUUUUUUUUUUAUAUUGGAAACUCUUUUACGAAUUUAUUUUUACAAGCAAUUGUGGUGACUUUAAUUCGCCGUGAUGCGUGCGGGAUUCGUUGCGAAACAAAAAUUACAAAGUGAAGAAGGGUUGAUUAUUUGAUUUGUGUAAAAUGAAAAAAGUGAAGCUUAAGUGUAAAUCUAAACCGGAAUAAAUAAAAUAUUUCAUGAAGAGAAAAAUGUAAAAAAAACAAAAAAAAAAAAAAAAACAAGCUUACUUGCCGUCAAUUGGAGGCUUCAUUUCUGCCCCUCACUACAUCAUUAACGGAUGUGUUUUACACGUUAACUGUUCAUUUGCUAUUUGUAGAACAAAUAUAUAAAAGAAAGCAAAACAAAAUGUGCUUUAAAAAUAUAUAUGUAUGUGCAUAAAUAUGAAAGAAGUGAAGUCACAAAUUAAAACCUACACUUGAUGCGUAUAUCAGAAGAUAUUGAAAACAGAAAUGUUAAAAAUUUGAAUAUUGCUUAUAAAACAGUUAUACAAAAUUGUUGAACUAAACGAUAAAGUCGCAGGGUGGCUUUUGAUUUUUUUUUUUUUUAAUAAAUUUUUUAGUAAAGCGUAAUUAUUGAAAACAAAAAAAAAACAACAAAAUUCUUAAGCUGUGCAACACAGCCGCCAAUGGGAUGCGUCCUACAACAGUUGUAAUACGCCGCCGCCGCCAAACUUAAAAUAUUUUAUGACCGUUAAACAUAUGCGCGUCCACACAUACAUAUAUACCAACAAAAGUGUUAGUGCGCAACAAACUUUAAGUGCAGCCAGAAAUAAAAAAGAGUGGAACAAAUUAAAAAGAAAUUAUAAUAAUAAAAAUUCGUUCGCUAGUCAAAGUUAGUUAGUAAAAUUAAGAAGACUUAUUCACGAUGGAGAAGCUGCGCGAUAAAAUGUGGUUUCGCCUCUCGGGUGGCGGGAGCAGUGGGGCAGAUUCCGCAGAUGAUGCAUCACCCACAAGCACCAGCAGUAUUAAUAAUUCGCUGACGGUGCCCAGCUCAGGCGGCAGUGAGCCGUCGCGUUUUGAGAAGUUUCGACGUGCUAGCUUUCGUCGCAAAUCUACUGGCCACAUGCCGACACGUAAGCGUUCCAAAUCGCCCCAUUUCAUAUUGCAAGCGGACAAAUCCACUUCAUUGGAGGAAGCGGACGAGGAUGCGGAGAAGGAGCGCAACAAUGCAGUGUUGGCGCAAGGGCAGAUAUCGUCAGGUGAUGCUAUGAUCGGAGGCAGCUUGCUUGCAUGCCCCUCACAACAGUCACUGUAUCACAGUGAGGUGAAUAUUUUAUUGAAUGGAGUGGAGGGGCAUAUUACAGCACUGCCAUUGCUCAGCGAUCCCAAGCCGGAGCAUAAGAAGACGACACUCAAGUCCAUCAAAACAGAUCCACCGAAGCGCAAAUUCUACAAGUUCUCAUCUUCCUUAGCGCGUCGGCAUGGUUCAUUCGAGAGUGCUGAAGUACCACCGGCUGUAAGCACGCUUGCGCGCUUGGGCGAAUACACACCAAAAAGCACCCACAAACAGCCGAACGCAAGAGUCGCCGCCUCUGUCGCCGAGUAUAGUGAUGAGGAGGAUGAUAACGACGACGAUGACGAGGAUGCGGAUACGGACUCCACCGAUUCGGAUGACGAAAGCAGUGAUGCUGACGCCGACCAAUUAUCGCCUCAACGUGGCAAUGGUAAAGAGAAGAUACUGCUUACCGACCCAAAGUUUAAACAUAACCGCAUCGAGAAGAGUUCUUCCAAAACGAAGAUGACCGAUCUGGAGAAGCGCGAGAGCUUGAAACGUUCACGUAGUGCGCGCAAAAUAGCUGCAGCCGAACGUGUUGCUGCUGCAGCGGCAGCGGUAGCUGCGUCUUCUGCGGUGACGGCGGGUGAGGAGGCGGUAAGCCCACAAAAGAAGAAGGAUAAACGUGCGGAAAAGGAGGCGGCUAAGAAACAAUCACGUGGCCAUAAUAAUCUUAAUUUGAAUGCGCUCGUCAAAUUCGUGAUGAGCAACAAGAAAUUUCUAAAUACUGAAGAGUUUACCUUCACGCGUCGCAAGUCGGUGUCGGAAGUGGCGACGACGGCCAUCACUUUGGCGGCCACUUGCAAGCCAAUGCCGAUUGCGUUAAAGUAUCCGCCCGAAAAUGUGGUGGCCGAAACGCCGAAGGAGCAUGACACCAAGGCUGAGCGCAAUGUAAUACUUGUAAAGAAACAAAAUCUCAAGAAUUCAUUUUGCGAUCACUUAAACAACAAUAAUAACGAGUGCGGCAGUGAUAAGAACAAAAAGAAGAAACAGAAGAAGCAGAAAAAGAAAUCAGUGGAGCUGGAGGAGUGUGUGAACAGAGAAAUCUACAAAUGUAUUGCUGAGGAUGAUACGCAAAAAGCAUUGGACGCCAAAGUGAAGCGCAACAGUUCAAACAGCUCGAAGAGCAGCAAAAGUAGCGGCAACUUUGAGGAUGAAGCUUUCUACUCUUGUGAUGAAUUGGAACGUGAGGAGAGAGCCAGAGCCAGUGGUAGUUAUGGUGGUGGCGGUAGUAGUCGCGGUGGUAGUGUAAGUGGCGUGGAGGCAUCGCCUAGUUCCAACACUUCUGGCUCCAAUUCAUCUGCAACGAACUCAUUGUCGCCGCCAAUUUUUGUGUCGACCGAUGAGGCGGGCACCCAAACAACAGACGUAAAGCGUAAAACAUCUUCCCCAUCUCUCACCUCGAGAGUUGCGGCCAAGAUCAACGAGAAAACGAAUAACUAUCGUAAUCGGAGAGCAGUCGCAGCUGCUGCGGCUGCAGCGGCGAGCAAAGUGGCCAAAAAGCAACGCAAGGGGCAGAUGUCCUUAACAACGACAAGCGGAGGUGUUGGUGUAUGUGCAAGUGCGGGCGCGAGCGCGAGCGCUGAAAAGCGUGCAGAAUUCUACAAGCAAUUAAGUGUUGAACGCUUGCACACAUCAUCCAUAGUGCGACAACCCUCCGAUCGCAGACCGGAUGCAGGCAACCAAGCGCUGCGUUCCAACGGCAAUGCCACAACGUCCGCCGACAACACAGACGAUGUACAGCUACGCUUGCCAUCGAGCGCUUCAUACCCAGCCAGCGGGCCGGGCGGCGAAUCAAGCGCUGGCGUCGCGGGUAAAGGCGCAUUGGGACGCGGCACGCGUGAAUCGAAUGUGCCAUUGCCAGGCGAUGCGGCCGACUUGUCAGCUGCAACCGAUACGAAUGCGCAGGACGCAGCAGAAGGGAAAGAUGCACGCCGCGAGCGUUUACACCAGCAACAUCAACAGAAUAAAAGCGCACCCGUCUCGGUUAAUCGCUCCGAAUCGUACAAGGAGCGUUUAUCGCAAAAACGCAAUCGCAAUAGUCGACGCAAAACAUCAGAUCCUAGUCUGACGUCAAGGCCAAACGAUGAGCAAGCCGAUGUUGGUCUUUCCAAUUCCAAUUACACCGCAAGUUCCAAUUCUAGUCUUUCCUCGGGUGGCGGCUCUGAGAGUCCCAGCACCUCAAUGGAACAAAUGGGCGGCGCUGGUGGUGCAACAGCUACCGUCAGCGGCCAUCCAAUCGCGCAUCAUCACAGUAUGCACGCCCACCAUAACACAUCGCACCACCACAUGCACCAGCACAGCCAUCAGGACUCAUUUCAUGGCAGCAUUGGUAGCGGCUCGAUGAACACUAGCUUUUGGGGCAGCAGUUUUGGUGGCGUGGGCAGUGGAGCGGCCGGUCAGCGACCAUGGAAUUUCGAGAGUGACGAUGAUGAUGAUCUCAACGAGGCCGAUUGGAGUUCAAAUGUUACAGCAGAGCUAUUGGCUGCGCUCACUGAUGCGGAAAAAAAGCGACAGGAGAUUAUAAAUGAAAUUUACCAAACCGAACGCAGUCACGUGCGCAUUCUCAAACUCUUGGAACGUCUCUUCCUCUUGCCGCUACAGGAAAGCAGUCUGCUCACGCCAGAACAUUUAGUGCUCCUCUUCCCGCCCGCUCUUCUCUCGCUGCGUGAAAUACACUCAACCUUUGAGCAACAACUGAAGCAACGUCGUGUCGAACACAAUCAUGUGGUCACACAUAUCGGCGAUCUGCUGUCCAGCAUGUUCUAUGGAAAGUCCGGUGAUGAGCUGUGUCAAUAUGCGGCACAAUUUUGUGCACGCCAACAAAUCGCUUUGGAAGCACUGAAAGAGAAACGACGCAAGGAUGAACAAUUGCAGAAGCUAUUGAACAAGGCGGAAUCGCAUAAGGCGUGCAGGCGUCUGCAAUUGAAAGACUUGUUGCCGGCGGUGUUGCAGCGUCUCACCAAAUAUCCGUUGCUCUUUGAGAAUCUGUACAAAGUAACCAUACGCGUGGUGCCCGAGAACACAACCGAAGCGGAGGCCAUACAGUGCGCGCUGGAGUCGUCGAAAAAGAUACUCGUUGAUGUUAAUCAGGCUGUGAAGACCGCUGAAGAUGCGCACAAAUUGCAGAACAUACAGAAGAAAUUAGACAAGUCUACUUUUGAUAAGGACGAAUUUAAGAAUUUGGACCUAACGCAGUACCGUCUUAUACACGAUGGUAGCUUGACAAUGAAGAAGAAUCCCAGCAUACAAUUGCACGGUCUACUCUUUGAAGAUAUGAUUGUGUUGUUAACAAAACAGGACGAUAAAUAUUCAUUGAAAUAUUUGCAUGCCACACGCAACAUGGAAGUCAACAAUAAGCCCGUCAGCCCUAUCAUGAGCAUCGAUUCUGAGACGCUGGUGCGGCAGGAAGCCGCUGAUAAGAAUUCAUUCUUUUUGAUUAAGACAAAAACAUCACAAAUGUUGGAAUUACGCGCACCAAGCAGUUCCGAGUGUAAAACAUGGUUCAAGCACAUUUCCGAUGCCGCUGAACAGUACAAACCACGCUCGAAGAACGCCAAUCAUGAACCAGUCGACGAUCCAGCGAUCGCCACUUUACCGCAUUCCAAUACGAAGGAGUCCCUUGAACUCACACCAGAACGGCCGCCACCAGCUUCGGCCACCGCCACGGUGACGACUACACCAUUGGCGCCCAUGAUGCCCAUCGCUACGGCGACUUCGGUCAAUGUCAACAACAACAAUAAUAAUAAUAAUGACCAACAUAACGUACAAUUGCGAAAUGGGCGUCGGGAGAGCACCUCAACAGCUGGCAGCGCCGACCACAAAAUGCGGCUUAGUCACAACGAGCUCUCACCUUCGAUUGGCUCAUCGUCAGCCGCCUUAUCAUCCGCCUCCACAGCUUCGCUAUCGUCAUCGUCUGCGGUCAACCGCACAAUGUCGACGCGCAGUUGUGGCGAACCCAACAACAAUAACGGCGGCUACGAGAAUUCGAGCGUAACUCUUCGUCACACACAGUCGGCGCGUCAGGCGAACGGUCACAAUGUUGGUGCCGGCGCGGAUGAGUUUGGCUCGAAUAUAAGCGGCACGAGUCUCGGUAGUGGUUCGAAACGCGACAGCGCCAGCAUUGUGUACUCAAAUAACUCGAACAAUACGCGUACGUUGAUGCAAUCGUCUCCGCCAUUGGUCGAACCCACCGCCAUACAGAUCAGCAUUAGUCCGGCACAUACCGCCGAACCGGUACUCACACCGGCCGAGCGACUCCGUCGUCUGGAUGCGUCAAUACGUGACGGCCUGUUAGAGAAACAGAAAAUCAUUUGUGAUAUGUUCAGGCUGCCGGUGGAACAUUUUCAUGAGAUCGUCGACAUUGCGGCGAUGCCGGAAGCGCCCAAAGACAGCGCUGACAUUGCAUUGGCAGCGUACGCGCAGGUGCAAUCACUAACCGAGGUACUAAACGAUUAUAUGCAUGUGACGCCCGAACAUGAAAUAUCUGCUGUAUCCACGGCUGUUUGCGAUCAGUGCCACGAAAAGCAACAGCAACAGCAUCAUCACCACAGCCAACGACCGCUGACACCGCUCACGGCCGCCUCAUCGAAUUCAUCUUCAACAUCAACAAUGAACUCGACCGGCUCUUCGACUACAACACAAAUAGCAGCCACGAGCAGCGUUGCAGCUGCGGCUACAUUAGUAGACACACCACCACCCCUUCCGCCGCCGAAUAAGCAAAUAGCACAACAGCAAACACCCACCGCCAAAACACCGACCAGUACACGUACCGUGCUGCAAAAUGCAUUGCUAGAUGAGGAUAUACACGAAGACGACGACGGCUACUGCGAAAUCGACGAGCUGCGGCUGCCGGCUUUGCCACCGUCGCUAGCGUCAAAGGCUACCAAAGCUUCAUCUCCACCGCCGCCUUUACCACCUCCGGCUGGCAAUUUUAAAGCACCACCGCUGCCCCCACCACCAGCAGCAACAGUAACAACUCAACAUCACCAACUGCAACAGGAGGAGAGGAGUAGUUCCAAUGCAGUGACCACAAACUCGACUCUUCCUGAGGAAAACACUAAAACUGCGAACGCAGCUGAAUUGGUGAAACGUCAAAGCACAAUUAGCGCGGAUAGCAUUCCCGAAGAAUCUGCCGACGAGGUCACGCAGGCGUUAAGCGAAGAUAAAGAGGGCGAGCCGAUAACUGGCAAAGAGGAGGAUGUAAAUAUUAAGGAAGAUGAUAGUACGUUUAUGGCAGAUCCCACAGUUGGACAAACACAUAAGGAGGAGGCGAAGCAGGAAAAAAUUGAGCUCGAAGUAAAGGAGGAGGUGACAAGCGGUGACGAAAAGAAGGAAUCAGAUGAAAACAAAACAGCAGAUGAUAUAGCAAACGCAACCACAACAGUCACAAACGAUUUGGCAGAGACUACAGCAGCGGAGACUACUGGCUCCACUGAGCCGCAAAACGAGCAGAAUGCUUCGAAAGAAUGUGAAGAGACAGCAGACAAACCAACAACAACGGAUGCCACCAUAGUGUGCGGUGAAAAAAAAGCAGUGGACACAGCAGCACCAACAACAACAACUACAGCAAGCACUAACAAUACCCACGCCGAAGAGCACAUGGAAGUCAAUGACGCGUAUGAAACUUUGUCGACGCUGAGCAGUAAACUGAGCAGUGUUCUGACUAUGGUCGAUAACUCCACGCAGACAAUACCAACGGCACUGGCCACAAUUCCGGCAAUAGUCAACACAAACACCAAUCUUCCUGUACACUGCGGACCUAACCGCAUACAGCACGCCAACUCGCUGGAGCCAAGCGUGCCUUGUCAUGCGCUGAAUACGAUUGUUAGCUCAUUGAAUUCGCAAAUUUCAUUACUUUUGCCAAAGAUCAAUGAACGCGACAUGGAAAGGGAGCGCCUACGCAAAGAGAAUCAGCAUUUGCGUGAAUUGUUAAAUGCGAUGCAUGAACGUCAGCGAGUUGAAGCAAAAUUGGAAACUCCAACUGAUGCGAAUGCUAUGAUCAGUGCCGGUGAUACAACAUUAACCGAUGAAACGGAUGGCGACAAUGUCAAAACCUCAACCCCCAAGAUCAACUCCAACUCCCCAGCCGAUUUAGUGGCAGCGGCGGACUCCACACCUAUGGCACCAAGUGUCGGGAACACAGCAACACAGGAGGGCGUGAACUCCAUAACAACAAAAUCAACAGUUAACAAUACAACAACAAAAACAUCAUUAGAUCAAGCUACCACACCAACAACUAACACAGCACCACCCCAGGCAGCAGCAGCAGCAGCAUCAACUGAUAGCGAGAAUUAAACGAAAAGGGCCAAAAAGAAAGCAAUUAGAGUAUUGACUAAAUGUAAACAAAAUUUUGUAGAUAUAUAUAGAUAUAUACCAAUGGAUGUAUGCAUGUAUAGAUGUUGCACGAAUUCAAUUACUCGAUGUUAUUAUUAAAGAAUAUUGGUGAAGCAGAAUUGUUGUGGUCGUCGGCGUCGUAAGCGCAGUUCGUACAAUCGUACCUUGGUUAAUAGGAGAUAAAAUUGCAUUUUGUAGAAGAAAAUCAUGCAACAACGGCAACAGCAACAGCAACAAUAAUAAUUAUUAUAUAUUAAAUGAAAUUG